AUGGUUACUUCAAAUUCAUCAACAACAUUGAUAAUGUAUAAUGAAACAAAUAGUUCAAUGAAUUAUACAACUGAGUGUACAUUUAAUGUACAAUUAUUUCUUCAAUAUAUCGGUACACCUGUUAUUAUAUUUGGUUUUAUUGGAAACUUUUUAUCGAUAUUAGUAUUCAGUCGAAAAACACUUCGAUCUCGUUCUUGUUCGAUUUAUUUUCUUGCAUUGAGUGUUAGCGAUGUUAUUGUAUUAUUUGGUUAUACAGUUGAAAAUCUUCUUUAUCAUGGAUAUAGUAUUCAGUUAUUAUCAAAUUCAUUUAUGUGUAAAUUAACUAUUUUUCUUAUUUAUGCAUCAACAGAUAUAUCAAAAUAUCUUUUAACAUUAGCUGCUAUUGAUCGUUGUGUUCUUAUUUCAACUUAUUCAAAACGUUAUCGUUUUUGUCGUAAAUCAACAGCUAAAUUAAUGAUAGUAUUUGUUAUUACAGUAUUUAGUCUUGUAAAUAGUCAUAUUCUAUUUGGUUUUGAUGUUGAUGAAUAUGGUGCAUGUUUACCAACAUCAGAAAAAUAUAAAUAUUUUUAUACGAAUCAUUAUGAUUCAUAUAUAGAUUUAUUUAAAACUGUUCUUAUACCAUUUAUAGCAAUAUUUAUUUGUAAUGCAUUUAUUAUAAUUAAAUAUUCACAUCGAAAAUAUUCCUUACCAUCGAAUGCUUCAUUAAGACGAAAAAGUCGUCGUCGGAGAGAAAAAGAUCGUCAAUUAACAUGGUUUUUAUUAUCAACAUCAAUCUUAUUUAUAAUUUUAUCAUCGCCAUCAGAAAUCAAUGAUUUUGUUCGUUCAUAUUUAAGUCAAAAUUUUCGAGAUACAUAUUCUUGUCAAUUAUGGGCUUAUACAGCAAUAUUUAUUCUUAUGCAUCAAACAAAUCAUGCAUCACAUUUUUAUAUUUAUACAUUAACUGGACCAAUAUUUCGAAAAGAAUUUCAAAAAUUAAUAUGUCCUUAUCCAAAACAAACAAAUAAAAAAUUCGUAUUCCAUUAUUCAAAACGACAAUCGAUCACAAUAAAUGAUUGUCCACAUGAUGAUAUUCAUAAUCAUCCGAUAAUAAUAUAUUCAGACAAAGACGUUCACUAA